UAAUAAGUGCAGUAUGUAUCAAUUCAUUACACAUUAUAAUAGUUAUUAACAAGAUAACACGAACUCAUUAAACCUGUUUUUACAGUAAUCGUGGGUUAAUUACAUACCUGUAAGUGUAACUCUGUAAGCAUUACAAGUACACAACUACUGUAAAAAAAAACAGAUUUUGUGAGUUUUUCUUAUCUCUCUAUAUAUUAAGGGUUGAUAAUUUGAUAUAUGUGUCAGCUUAGGUUAUUUUCUUUUCACCUUAUUUUUAUUACUUCUUAUUAGAUCAGAUAAGAAAAAACAAAUAACACUUAUAGAAAACAUAUAGAUUAAAACAGAAACUAGAAAACAUUCAGACUAGAUCAGGUGAAGAGAAUACAUCCUUAUUCGGGAUGGAUGAUGUAUGUUUUGCUAAUUUCCUGCUUGAAGCUAAGUUUAUUCUCUUCAUUACUUGCUGCAAAUUUUAAUAUCCGAAGCUACAGACUUAUUCUUUACUGACCCUACAUGCUUAUGCCAAGAAUAUUCUGUAUGAGGAACAAAAAUGAAUUAAUACAUGCACAAGCCAGGAAUAGAUUAUCAUCAAGCUUAACAUGGGUGCAGAACUGUCUACUGCCAUUGACACAAGAAUUACAGAGCUUGAGAGACAGAUUGCUUCUGUUAAGAUUGAGGCAUCGUUUACAAACUCUAACUUGGAUGCUUCGAAGAGGGAAGCAGAAGAACUCAAACAACAGCUUUCGAGUUGUGAAAAAGUUCAGCAAGAAAUGGAGAUGAAACUGGAAAAGGUAUGUGAUCAACUUUGUUUUACUGAGUCUGAAUUAAAAUCUAACAAGGUUGAGUUAGAAGUGUGUAAGAAAGAGUUCAACGAGGUCCGAGAUCAACUUUCCAUUUACAACAAUCGAAGUCAGAACAUAGAAGUGGAACUGCGAAAGGUACAAGAUCAACUUUCAUCAACUACUUCUGAGUUGCAAUUCGCGAUAAAUCAGUUAGAGAUUUCGAAGAAGAAGGUGGGUGAACUUGAGCAAGACAUUUGUAGUUGUAAGAAGGAAACCGAAGCUGUGGAAAUCAGAUAUCAGAAUGUUCAGGUUCAGAUUACAGAAUUUGAAUCUGAAUUACAGUCUAGCAAGAUUGAACUGACAUCUUCAAAUGAAAAGGUAGAACAGCUCGAGAUUCAGAUUUUUUCCUGUAAGAAGGAAAACGAAGACAUGGUAACAGAAAUUCAGAGAAUACAAGAUGAAAUUUCUUGUAUGAAAACCGAGUUAGAUUCAGCUAGAAGUGAACUAGAAAUGUCAAGUAAAAAGGUAAUGGAGCUCGAGCAACAGGUGUUUAAUGGUGAAAAUGACAGUAAAGUUGUGGAAGAAGAGAUAGAAAAGGUACAAGAACAACUCCGUGUAACCAACAAUGAGCUGCAUGACACGAAGAUGUUGCUGCAGUCGUCUGAGGACGACGUGCAGGAGCUGAAACGUCAAUACUACAGUUGCAAGACGAAAGUGGAACAUAUGGAAGUUGAAUUAAAGGAAGUAUCUGAUUUUCUUAGUUUAAAGGAGGAUGAAUUCGACAUGUCAAGUUGGAUUGUCCCAAAGAGUACUAAUAAUGACAUUGAUCAUAAUACUAUUAACAACAACAAUAAACCAAUGUUUAUAGCGAUUGACCAUGAGGAUGAUUAAUUACCAUAUGGGGUGGUUUGUUGUACUACGUACGUAGUUGUUAACUUUAUAUGAAUGAUUACCAUGAAAAACUGAUUAUAUUUCUUUGCA